AUGCUGAGCGUGCUGCGAGUGCAUCUGCCAUCGGACAUCCCGAUCGCGGGGUGCGAGCUGUGCCCGUACGUGCUGCUGCGGAAACCUGAUGGCACCAUCACCACGGAGGACAUCCCCGAAACCAACCCCAUCGAUGGCUACUACAUCCGCUGCCGCUGGUACCGCGUGCAGAGCGACAAGCGAGUCGCCGUGUGCUCAGUGCACGGCAAUGAGCCCGCCACUCUCCAAUGCCUGGGGUGCGUGAAGGCGAAGCUGCCCAUCGCGCGCAGCUACCACUGCUCGCCGCUCUGCUUCCAGGCCGCCUGGCCGCGCCACCGCGCGCUGCACUCGCGCGGGCUCGGCGGAAGCACCCAUGGCAGCAGCGAUGGGACGCUCCCGGGGGAGGUGACCUCCGGGGGGGCUGCUGGGGGGGGCGCGGGGGGGGCUGGCGGGGCGCAGAGGCGCGAGAACGGCGCGGGCGCGGAGGAGGAGGAGCUGUUUGGGAAGUUCAACAGCGGGAAUGGGACCACGGGGCUGGCGGGAGCGGGGGGGGCGCAGGGGGGCAUGGGGAACGGCGCGCCUGGGGGCGGGUACGGGCAGGGGGAGCAGCAGCAGGGGGGGCAGCAGCAGGGGAUGCAGGGGAUGCAGCGGCCGAUGGGGGGAGGAUUCGCGCACAGGCCUCCAGGAAGCCUCGCCUAUCAGUCAGACAACACCGGAGGGGGGGGUUCCAAUCUCAACUCUAGUGGUGGUGGCAGUGGGGAGGUGUGGUUCGAAGUGGGGCGCGGGAAACCCUACACACCCACCACGGACGAUGUAGGGCAUGUUCUCAAGCUCGAAUGUGUCCCCAUUGAAGCAGCUACCGGUCUCCCCGUCGCGCCCCCCUCCACCCUCCUCACCUCCCGGGUCAUCCCUGCCCCGUCCCCCACGCCCCGGCGGAUGGUCCCUGUGGGGGGCGGGGAGGGGGAGAUGGGGGGCGCGCGCGGAGGGGCAGGGGGAGGGGGGGGCUUCACGGUGCUGUCGUAUAAUGUGCUGGCGGAUCUGUAUGCGACGAGUGAGAUGUACAGCUACUGCCCUCCCUGGGCGCUGUCGUGGGCCUAUCGCAAACAGAAUCUGCUGAGGGAGCUGCUGGGGUAUCGAGCUGACAUCAUGUGCUUGCAGGAGGUGCAGAGCGACCACUUUGAGGAGUUCUUUGGGCCAGAGCUGGAGAAGCAGGGGUACGCAUCCGUCUUCAAGAAGAAGACUGCUGAGGUAUACACAGGCACGGCCUACGCCAUAGACGGCUGUGCGACCUUCUUCCGCCGCGACCGCUUCUCCCUCGUCAAGAAGUACGAGGUGGAGUUCAACAAAGCAGCUCUAUCGCUGUCUGAGGCCCUCGCACCUCCCACCAAGAAGGCUGCUCUCAACCGCUUGCUCAAGGACAAUGUGGCGCUGAUCGUGGUGUUGGAGGCGAGGGACGCAGGCGGUGCAGAUGGCAAGGACGGGGCUAAUGCACCUCCUGCCAAGAGACAGCUGCUCUGCGUGGCCAACACGCACAUCCACGCCAACCCAGAGCUCAAGGACGUGAAGCUGUGGCAGGUGCACACGCUGCUCAAGGGCCUGGAGAAGAUUGCCGCCAGUGCAGACAUUCCCAUGCUUGUUGCAGGGGACUUCAACAGCGUGCCUGGCAGUGCGCCCCACUCACUGCUCGCGACAGGGAGAGUUGACGCCAACCACCCAGAGCUUGCCACGGACCCUCUCGGCAUUCUGCGACCCGCCUCCAAGCUAUGCCACCAGCUGCCACUGGUCAGCGCAUAUGCCUCCUUAAGCCGCGGGGGCUCGGUGGCGGAGAGGCAGCGGCGGCGCAUGGACGCGAGCAGCAGCGAGCCUCUGUUCACGAAUGUGACGCGUGACUUCAUGGGCACGCUCGACUACACCUUCUAUACCGCCGACUCCCUAUCGGUCGAAUCUGUGCUGGAGCUACUGGACGAGGACAGCGUGCGCAAGGACACAGCGCUACCCUCCCCCGAGUGGUCCUCCGACCACCUUGCACUGCUCACUGAGUUCAGAUACAAGCCCCGUAUGCGGCGGUAG